UUCACUUCACCCACUUCAACAUCAACACCCUUUUUUUUGAAGCUGAAAGUGUGUGCACUCAAUAGUGUGAUCAGUUUAUGUUGUUUUGUUUUUUGUUUGCAAGUUGGAGCUAGUUUUCGGUUUGAUUUGUUUACCGUGUUAUAACAAAACAACGUGUAGUGCAAGUGUUUUUGCAUGAUGAGAGCCUUUGUGUUGGGAUCCGUACUUCUGCUGGCUUCGGCUUGUUCUGGGGCGUACCACGCGCUGUCCUCCCAGUACCAGGCACAUGAUGGACUCGGUGGCUACUCGUACGGUUACGCGGAUCCGAAUUCACAGAAGCACGAAACCAAGGACGCCCAUGGUAUUACCCACGGGGGCUACUCGUACGUUGACGGUGAUGGCCACGUGCAGACAGUGAAAUACACCGCCGAUCCCCAUCAUGGCUUCCAGGUGGUUGGCACCAAUCUACCGAAAGCACCUGCUCCACUGCACCCAGUCGCCCCUGCUUAUGGCCAUUAUGCUUCCCCGUGGGCUUACGCUCCGGUCGUGCUGGGUCACAACGGCGCUCCUCUGGAAACCCCUGAGGUUCAAGCUGCCAAGGCUGCCCACUUUGCCGCUCACGCCGAAGCCAAGUCUAGACUGCACCGCCGCUCGAUCUACGCCGCCCCAUGGAAUCAUGUCCCCGCAGAAACCCCGGAAGUCGCCGCUGCCAAGGCUGCUCAUCUGGCCGCCCACGCUUCCGUCAAAACUGGCUACGGUCCAGUAGCUGCGCCAAGCCAGUGGGAUCAUCACGAAGAGCCAGUUCAAAAAUGGCACGGACCCAUCCACAUUCCAGUGAUCCACAAAGGAGUUCCGGUGGAAACCCCAGAGGUUCAGCACGCUAAAGCUGCCCACGCUGCCGCUUAUGCCAAGGUCCAGGCAUACGGUCCUGCCCCUGAACACUACCAGGGUCCAGCCCACCAAGAAAUCCACCACGACCACACGUACGGUCCGUGGAAGGGACCUCAGCACGUCCCCGUCAUCCACAACGGAGUUCCAGUUGAAACUCCAGAAGUGCAGCACGCCAAGGCCUUCCACCUGAACGCGGUGGCAGCGGCCAGUGCCCAUGGCGGACCACACGGACCCGAAGACGAUGGAUCCUACAAACCGGAACUGUACGAAAAGGAAAGCUACUAACUCCGAAAUCGAAUGCCUGGACCCAUACACUGAC